AUGCAAUCACUCAUCCGGCCCAACUGGCAAGGUUUACAGGCAUUAUUAGUAGGUCCCUCUAGCUACUCUAGUGACACCAACUGUCUGAUAGUGUGGAAUACCCUCGAGUAUUUUACUUCAACAAAUUCGGAGUCAUCCUCAGUGCGGCUUGAGACCAGCUUCACGAAAUCCAAGCCGCUCAACGACAGUUUCGUGUGGUGGGAAGGUAAUGGCUUCUGCGGCACUGGCCGCUCAACGAAUGCAUGCGCAACCUUCCAUGGUGGUCUAUACGACAACACAUCAACCUCACUUGACCCUGCAUUCUCGAACUCCUCUACAAGCCUUGGCAGCAACUACCCACCUUGCCAAUUUGUGACUGACAAGAUGACACUCAACGUCAAUACGAGCCUGAGCAACUUCUCUUUUGGUAUUGCGCAGAAGGAUAUGCAUGAACAGGGCUACCACCCGCAAGCUGGUCUCGGUAAUGGGCUCUCUGUUCGAAUUCCCAACAAUCAGCUUGUGGUGCCAGACCUUUCUAUCGAUAAAACCAGCGGAGCCGUGACAUACAAUUACACCGACCCAGACCUCCUCCUGCUGUCUCUCCAGUCUACAAACUCAGAUGAUAUGACGACGCUUGGACGAAAUUUUUUCACGAGUGCAUACCUCAUGGUUAAUCAUGAUACGAGCCAGUAUACUUUAUGGGCGGCCAACGCAACUACAGAGAAAGCGCUCGUCGCGGUGGAUGGGAAUAACCAAGUAUAUAAAGACCUUUGCACUGUUGAUACCGCAAGCCCUCUGAGUCCUAGUACAACUACAACUACAACUUCUUCCAAAUCUCAAAACGGACUUUCGUCUGCUGAGAUAGCGGGUAUUGUUGUAGGAAGCGUUGCCGGGGUAGCUUUGGUUCUUGGGACCCUGCUUUUUUCCAACGUAAGAAGAAAGCCAAAACUCAACCGGUGGAAGCUGGAGGCUAUGGACCUUAUGUCUCGUCUGCUUCGACCUCAACAUAUGUUGACUUUCAGGAGCUCCCUGUUGAAGUGCAUCCGCAUGAGCUCCCUGGGACUUUCUCUCAACAUGAGCUUGCUGCAAAGGAAAAUCCAGUGCGGCCAAUAG